AUGUAUACUCGUUGUAGUGUAUUGAAACAAAUCGUUCGGAAUUUCGUUGCACCGAACUCAUACACGCGUCUCGUCCGUUUCCAGUCAUCGACGACAAGUCAAGUCGUAGGAAAUCGUUUUCUUGAUUCAACUUCAAAAGUAGAUAAUCGUUCAAAUUCAGGAGAUGUCUUUCUUGCCUUAACAACAGAAUACAAUCGUAAACGAUUUGUUCCAAGUGGCCUUGUUAUGAACGCAAUUAAGAAUAUAAAUAACACGAUAUCAGAAAGACUCAGUUUAUUAAUCUUAACAGCAGCGGCUCGUGGAGUUCAUCAUGUCACACCAGAAAAACGUGUGGAGUUGUUAGAAGAAGCAUGGAAAGCAUUGUCUGAGCAAAAGAUUCGAUUAACUACACGUCAUUAUGAAACCUAUUUAAGUGGUUUAAAUGAAAAUGGAUUCAUUUUCGAUGCUGAUUACUAUUUGAAACUAAUCGACAACGAACAGAUCCAAGCAUCACCACGUCUUUACAGUUUACUUUUAACUCAAUACUGCCGGGAAGGAAAUACUGAUCGUGCGCAAAAGUUUUUAAAAAUGCUCAAAGAACGGAAUGUCAGUAUUGACGAAGAUAUUUUUGCAGCGCUGGCUGUGUGUCAAUUAAAACUUGGCAAUGACAAAGGUGCGAAUGAUAUCAUUCAAAUCAUGAAAGAACGUGGUUUACAACCAACGAUAUCGACCUAUAAAGAAAUUUUAACUGCUCUAAUUAGCGAACAUAAAUUAGAGCAAUUUGAAUAUUAUCUCGGUCAAAUGGAAUCUCAACAGCGUCAAUCAACAUCAUCAACAGCUUAUAUUGACGCACACUUCGUUGUUAUUUUACUCGAACAAUGUGUUUCCUACAAAGAACGGCCAAUCUUUGAUUUAUUAUUGAAUACAUUAAAAGAACUCGAUCAUGGACGUAUGCCGAACAAUCUGUUUAACUUAGCGGUGCAAUGCGUUACAAAUGGAUGGCAUGAAUCAGCUAUUGAAUUAUUACAAAUACAAACUGAAUUGGACAUACCCGACAAUGUUGAAUCGCCUCACCAAGGUAUUCACGGACGACAUUGGACGUUAUUCUUCAGACAAUUAUUUGAGAAUGAUGAGUCUCAUUUGAUCGAUACUUAUCUUGAUUUAAUGAUGCAAAAGAGUCUUGUUCCACUCGAUGGUAUUCUACGCGUUUUAUACACAUCGUCGAAUGAAGAUCAUCGUUUACCACUUAGCUAUCUUGAACGAGGCCAAGAAUUACGCCACCCAAUGCGUACAAACUAUUUCUAUCCAUUACUUUUAAAGGCUUAUUCGCCGAAUACAUGUCAAAACUGGACGGAUGAUGAGCGUUUACGUCUAUAUCGUUUACUCGAUCGUUUAGCUAUACCAAUCGAAUCAUUGACAUAUUCACGCUUGCUUCAACAAUCAUUUCAUCAGUAUUAUCAAAACAAUUUCACUCCAUUGCUAGAAAUGUUAGCACAAAAUAAUUUACAAUCGAUCCUCGAUCGUAUGUGUCGAUUGUUACUGAUCGAUAUUCGACAAAAGACUCUUCCGUUGAAUAUUACGCAACAGAUCGCACCUUACUUUCGUUUGAAUAUGCAUCGACGCCAAGAGGAAUUUUCGCGAUAUUUGUUUUCAGUAAUGACCGAUUCAAAUAAAACAGAUGCCGAUCGAUUUGAAGCACUGUAUCAACUCAUCGAUUUGAUAUCCAAAGACUUGUCAACCGAGAUUCCGACGUUGAAACAUGAGUUGUACUUGAAUCUACUUCGUAUGUCAGCACAACAACACCAAACAGAUUUGACCAAUCGGUUAGCGGACCGCUGUAUCCAAGAGAAUAUCAAAUUAGGUGGCUCGAUGAAUGAAAUCGAUCUUUUAACUGGUUAUGUCUUACCGCGUGACACAGUGGAGAAAUUAGCGCGUUAUAAACCAGGUGAAUUAUCGUGGAAAGAGAAACUAUCGAACUUGGAUUGGUCGAAAGCGAAUCUGACGACUUUAGAACAAAUUUAUCAAGAUUCAAAACAAGAUGGAAGAUAUCCAUUCGAUUUACAAGAACGUCUAUUGAGUCUUUAUAUAAAAAAGAAAUCGAUUCAACAAGCAUUUGCAAUUCUACAUGAAAUUGUUUCAAGUCGACAAAAGAUUGAUUCCGCGAUCUUUCAUCGAUUGUUCAAUCUCGCUACCGUCAAAAUGGGAGAUAAUAUCGAUUCGUCAAAAGCAAAUCAUGAAAAUGAUUUGAAAUAUCUCUGUGAACUCUAUGACAAAUCAUACGGUCUUGUUAAUUUACCAAGUGAAUUAACAUUUCGUUUGGCUAACAUGGCGCUCGUCAACGGAGAUCAAGACAGCGCCAUAAAAAUAAUCUCGAAUAGAAUCAAUUCGAAUUUGAAUGAUGAAACAUAUCAUUAUCUAAUGAAAUUUCUCAAAUUGAAUUCCUCUGUAUUGACAAGUGAUGGUCUUAUGUCCAUUGGUAAUCUGUUCCUCAAUUUUCGCAUUAAUGAAUCUGUACGCAAGUUUUGGAAUUUGUUCUUCGACAUUCUUUUGGAAAAAACCAGCGCACAGGAUGUCGUACAAUACUAUUCCGAUGCUAUGAGAGAAAAUAGCAACGUUCCUUAUUUUCAUCUCUUCGAAUUGUUUAUUUCGAAAGACGAAUUGAAUCGUUUACAAGAUGUUGUCGAUAUUGCAACGUUACAGCACGGACCGCGAAAUGUCCUACACGAUCUUGGAUUUAGUCUGAUUCAGAAUGGUAAAAUCAAACAAGCAGAAAAGAUCUUUCAAACACCGUGGUUAAAAGCAAGAAAUGAUCGUAUCAAUUUACAUUCGUUACUCUUUGCUGAUUCGAACAAUCUUGAUGCAUUGAUAAAUGCCAUAAAAUUAACACGAAAUCUCCCUGAUGUUGAUCAAAAACAAUUGUACACAUCCGCAAUUCGUGUGGCUAUACGUCUUGAUAAAUCAGACGUCGUCGAUUGGUUAUGUAAAGACAUCCAAGAGCAUCAAGUCCAACUUGACAUCCGAGUUAAGAAAUUUCUCAACGCUCACCUAUUAUCAAAAGGUCUCGAUCCACUGAAAAUCAAAACUGAGGACAAUGAACUUGAAAACGAACAGAAUCUUGUCUCGUUCGAGGACACUGCUGCAGCCGUCGAAGGGCAGACAAAAAUGAGUGCACGAAAUUAA